AUGGUUCGAAUGAGCGUCCUUGCCGACUGCCUAAAGUCGAUUGUCAACGCAGAAAAACGAGGAAGACGACAAGUCCUUGUGAGGCCCUCGUCCAAAGUUGUCGUGAAGUUUCUGCAAGUUAUGCAGAAGCACGGAUAUAUAGGCAACUUUGAUGUCGUCGAUGACCAUCGCAGUGGCAAAAUCGUAGUCGAGCUCUUAGGACGCAUCAACAAGUGCGGAGUUGUUUCACCUCGAUACGACCUCUCACUAGAUGACCUAGAACAGUGGUCCUCUAACAUACUGCCCAGUAGACAGUUUGGACACCUUGUGUUAACCACUGCCUAUGGGAUCAUGGAUCACGAAGAGGCACGUAGAAAACACACAGGAGGGAAAAUACUCGGAUUCUUCUUUUAA